GCAGCAGCAGCAGCAGCAGCAACAGCAGCAGCCACUGCAACAACAACAGCAGCAGCCGCCACUGCAACAGCAGCAGCAGCAGCAGCUCCCACUACUGCAACUGCAGCAGCAGCAGCAGCUCCCACUACUGCAACUCAGCAGCAGCUCCCACCACUGCAACAGGAUCAGCAGCAGCAACAACAGCAGCAGCCGCCACUGCAACAGCAGCAGCAGCUCCCACCACUGCAACAGGAUCAGCAGCAGCAACAACAGCAGCCGCCAUUGCAACAGCAGCAGCAGCUCCCACCACUGCAACAGGAUCAGCAGCAGCAACAGCAGCUCCCGCCACUGCAACAGCAGCAGCAGCUCCUACCACUGCAACAGGAUCAACAGCAGCAACAGCAACAACACCAG